AUUUAUCGCAGUCGCGCACCUCAACGCCCGCAUUGAAGGCAGCCGCUGUCGGUCGGUGGCUGUCAUACUUCACCUGACGCGAGAUGCCGCAUGCCGGGCGGCCACGCGCGAGACAGUGAGACAGGCGGCAUCGGCAGUAGCAGUGCGUCCGCCGCGCCGCCACUACGUCUGAGUGGUGAGGCCACAAACAACCGAUAGAUAUUGUUCGUCCGGUGUUGUGACGUACGAGAGUGUGUGACCAAUAUCGUCUUCCUUCGGUGCUGUGUUGAGCCCUGUGUUGUUGUCAUCGGCGCGCGUAUGUGCCACCGUCCGUUUGUCUGUCGGUUCCUAUCUGUGCGCCGGUGCGGGCCAUCCUCUUCCUAUUCUAGCGGCAGUCGAGUUUCUACCAAUCGCCGGAUUGCAAUUACAUGAGGGGCGGCAGCAUGUGGAGGUGGCCGGCGAGGGCGGCGGCGGUAGGGACGCAGGUGCCGGUGGCGGCAUGAGGAAGUUCGUGCGCACGCGGCCGCCCCCCGCGCCCUCGCCGCCGCCGCCGCCGCCGCAGCCCGACCCCGCGUCAGACAAGCAUCCCGCCCAGAGACACCUCAACGGACAUGCCAACGGCGGUGGCGGCAUCGGAGGAGGCGGCGGGCUGCGGCGCGACGAGCACCACUCCACUCUCUCCAGUCGAUACUGGAGCGGGUCGGACGGGUCCCGCGGGGCGAGGUCUGGGGCGGGGUCGGGUCCGGUCGGGCCCGGGGUGGGGCCGGGGGUGGGGCCAGGGCCCGGUGGUGGGGGCGGGGUCGUGUUGUGGGAGGACGCGGAGUUCCCGCCGUCGCGCGCGCUGCCCGACUCGCGCCGCCAUCAGCCUGUGCUGUGGCUGCGACCCUAUGACUUGUGCUCCCGGCCCACCUUCCGCGGCCAGGAGGACGCGGGCGGAGACGGCGAUCCCGCCGACGACGACGACGAACAACUCGCCGCCAGAUGGAGCGUGGAGGUGGGUGCCGCCGGCAGCGCGGCGCUGUGCUGCGCGGCCGCCGCGCUGGCGCUCACGCCGCGCCUGCUCGACCGCGUGGCGCCGUCGCAACCCUUCCAUCGACGAUACACCGGCGCGUUCCGGUUCAAGUUCUGGGUGUUCGGCGAGUGGCGCGAGGUGUGCGUGGACGAUCGCCUGCCGACCCGCGGCGGGCGCCCGCUGUACAGCCGCGGCGCGCUGCCCGGGGACUUCACCUUACCACUGCUCGAGAAGGCGUACGCCAAGUUGUACGGGUCGUACGCGGCGAUGGGGGCAGGGCCGGGGCCAGGGUCGGGGUGUGGGGGCGCGGCGCGGGCCCUGCAGGACCUGUCGGGCGGGGUGGUGCAGAGCUUCCCGCUGCGCCUGCAGCCGCGCGCGCUCGUGUUCCAGGUGCUCAACUCUGCCGUGCCGCGCUCCACGCUCAUCGUCGCCACCGCUCAUCACCAUAAGGAGAAGUGUCCGCCGGGUCACCGCCUGCCGAGCGGUCUGCUGGCGGCGCAGCCGUACUGCGUGACGGGGCUGGCGCGGGUGCGUGCGGGGGCGGGGGCGGGGGCGGGCACCAUACAGGGCGCAGGGUCGGCGGAAGGGGAGGCGCUGGUGCGCGUGCGGUCGGUGUCGGGGCGGGGCGCGUGGGCGGGCGCGUGGGCCCCGCACAGCGCCCAGUGGCGCGCCCUGCCGCCCCACGACCGCGACCUGCUGGCCGGACGCACCGCGCGCAAGGGAGACUUCUGGAUGUCGUUCACGGAGUUCGCACGCGAGUUCAGCUCGCUGGAGCUGGUACAUGUGGGGCCCGACGACUGGCUGCGGGAGGGGGCCCUGCGCGACCGACGGCCCUGGCGCGCCGUCCUCGCGCGCCGACGCUGGACGCCCGGAUACAACGCUGGCGGGCCGCCCGCUGCCACCGAGACGACGAGCAUAAACCCGCAGUUCCACGUGCAGGUGUGCGGCGAGGCGGGCCGCAAGUGCCACGUGGUGGUGUCGGUGACGCAGCAGUACCGUCCGGGCGGCGGCAGUAGUGCCGCGGGGUGGGGGUCGGGGUCGGGCGCGGCAGGUGCCGCGUCGCGGCUGCACGCGGUGGGGUUCGCGGUGUACGAGCUGCCGCCCGGCGCCGCGCCGCGCCGCCCGCUCUCCACGCUGCACACGCUGCGCGCGCUGGACGUGACGCACGAGUCCCGGGCGCGCGAGGUGGCGACCUUCUUCACGCUGCCGGCGGGGCAGUACCUGGUGGUGCCGCACACUGCGCGCCCGCAUACUGCCGCCGCCUUCCUGCUGCGCAUCCUGACCGACGACCACACCACCGUCUGGGAAGUAAACGAGGAUAAUAUGAUUAUUCGAGACAUAUCAACCGAGUUCACGGAGAACCCUCUACUUUUGCCGACGGAGGUGCGGGUGGCGAUCGCAAAAGUUUUAGCAAGAAUAAAGGAAGAGGAGUUGGACGCGCGCGCGCUGCGCUGCGUGUUGCGGUCGGUGCGCGGCGCGGUGGUGGGCCCUACGCGCGUGUCGCUGGAGCUGUGCCGCGCGCUGGUGGCGCUGGCGGACGCGCGCGUGUCGGGGCGCGUGCCGCGCGCCGCGGUGCCGGCCCUGCUCGCGCGCCUGUGGGCGUGGCGCGCCGCCCUCCCGCGCCCGCGGCCGCGUCUCUGCGCCGGCGCCGCGCGCGGCCCGCCCGCGCACCGCCUGCGCGCGCUGCUGGCGGGCGCGGGGCUGGCCGCCUCCAACAAGGUGGUGGAGUGCCUGGUGGUGCGCUACUCGUGGCGCGGCCGGUUCGCGCCCGACGCCUUCCUGGUGGCGCUGGCGCGGCUGCAUCUCGCGCACGAGCGGUACCGUGCCCUCGAGUCCAAGGUGAAAUCCAAUCCUCUCUCUUUGGAAGAGAUGAUUUUGAUGACGAUAUAUUCGUGAGGCGGGGGCCGCAUCGUCGGCGACGCCGGCGCCACGGCGGCGCGAGCGCUUACCAAAGAUUCUUCUCCGAUCCAAACACCUGGAAUUCGCAGUACAAAACUUAUAAAUUAUUUAUUUAUUUUCAGUCAUACGAUUGUUUACAAUAUCCGCUUAUUUAUUAUGGAGAUAACUAAAUGUGAUAUUGUUAUUGAUGAAUACUUGUCUUAUCAUCAAAGAUUUUAAUGUAACAAGAUAUAGUCAAAUGUUCCCAGAAAUGUAUAAAGCUGCUAUUCUUAUUGCUGCUACUGUUAUUGUUGUUCAGUUUAGAGUAAGUACUAAUAAUUAUUAAAAUAAGAAUGUAAAGAAUAUUUCAUUUUGGUGCUAAUAAAUUGAUAAAUCUAAAGUUCUUUUAUUCAUUCGCUCGUCUUUUUGCCUGACUAUGUUACAUAGUUUUACG